UAGCCCAGACCAGGGUUCUCGAUUGACUUCGACUAGAAGGUAGUGAUGCCUUGGGUCUGAGGCAUCCUUGCCUGACUUCCACCUGUCCUGCCUGCCUCUGUUGUAUGGGCCUUCUUUUUUUGUUAGUUAUUAUUAUUAUUAUUAUUAUUAUUAUUAUUAUUAUUAUUUUAAAUGAAGAGCUCACAUUUUAAUGCAAUAUCUCUGUAUACAGACUGGUUGGGCCCUACUCCCUGAGUGUGGCCCUCCUAUAGUAUUUUGUGCAAUGAAGUUCUACUCCUUUCAGAGGCAGGGACCCAGACCCUGUUCAGAUUCUGACCAUCACUAGACCCUGGGAUUGGCUAUGGGAGAGCAUGCCUCAGCCACUCACCUUCCUUCCCCACCUGUGUCCCUAACUAUAGGGGGACCUGAGACCUACCAGAGACUGGGAAGAUGGACAUGAUGGGGGCCUUUUUUCCCUCUUUCAGUCCUGUAGCUGGGGCCUCCUUCCUUCUCAGGGUCUUCCUCAGCCCAGCUCUGCCUAGUCCUCCCGCCCUGUCCCACUCACUGCUGUUGAGUAGGGGCUCUGCCAGAAAUUGACCAGCUUAGUGAGGAGCCAUGUAUAAUACGUAUAUGUGCAUAAGCAGGAGGACAUGGGAGCUUGUGCCCAAUUGUUAUAUUCCAACCCCUGGGAGGGUAAGGCAGGGCAAGGACAGUCUCCUGGAUGGAUGGUUUGCUCCACUUCCUCCACCCUAAGCCUUGGGACCCUUAAAUGGGGUGGGAGGGCAGGGGAGGGUGCCCUCCUAGUAGGGUUUGGGGGGACUGGGUUCCUGAAUGCACCAUAAUUGCUGUAUGAAAUAUUAAAAGCAAAAGUCUAAAGUGAAAAGUCUGGCUGUAACUCAUCAAAAAGGCAAGGGAGCUCAAGCUACAGUGAUUAGUGGGACCUGGAUGAAUCCAUACCUGGCCCCAUCAACUAAGAACAUUAGGAAAGAGUUAGCUGGAAGUAUGGUGGGACUGUGAAGAAAAUUGGAAGGAUUGUACAUAGAAUGGUAGCAUGAGUUGAAACAGUAGGGUAGGCUUAAUUUUAUAAAUGGGAAAAGCCUGAGAGGAUGGGAAGCAGAAAAUGUAUAGAAUUUGAAAAAAAGUUGGAAGGCCCAAUAGAUCCAGAGUGGUAUGAGACUGAAAGGUCCAGUCUGACUAUAUAUCUGAGUGAUAUUAUGAAGAGGCCAAUUGGAAAGAGAAUGAGAGUAGAUUUUUGACCAGUUACAUAAAGGAAUCUGACAGACUUUUUAUAAGUUCAAGAAUGAGGCCAUAGAGCCAUUAAGUUUCGACUACUGGUUUCCAAAAAUUCUGGAAGUCAUCUACAUGGUAAAGUUCACAGCAACCAAAGCUUGGGAGAUGGUUCAGUUGGUGAUGUGCUUGUCAUGCAAGCUUGGAAACCUGAAUUCAAGUCACCAGCACUAUGAUUUAAAAGCUAGAUGUAGGGUGGUGGUGAUACAUACAUUUAAUCCCAGCACUUGGGAGGCAGAGGCAGGCCGAUCUCUUGAGUUCAAGUCCAUCCUGGUCUGCAGAGUGAGUUCCAGGACAGCCAGGGCUACACACAGAGAGGCCCUGUUUGAAAAAAAUCCAAAAAGAAAGAAGGACACAUUCCCAUUCCUGUCAGUUUUGUAAUGGAUGUCCACAGAUUCCUCAGCAGAUUUCCUAUGCCAUCUCAUUCUUGUGGGCAAAGAUUGGCCCCUGGAACUAACCAGCUCUAGGGUUGGGGAGGAAAGAUAAAUCAAGAGCAGAAUGCAAUGAAGGGAGUCAAUUCAGAUGGGUUUAAAGAGGAGCUGUCACCAUGUGAAGAUGGCGUAUGCCUUUAAUCCCAACACAAUUAGAGUCAGGCAGAUCUCUGAGUCCAAGGACAGCCUGAUAGUGAGUCCGGAUAGCCAGAGAAAGGCUAUAUAGAGAAACCCUGUCUGGAAAAACAAAACAAAUAAUGGGCAGUUACUUGUACCAAACUCCAUUUCAGCACUGUUCUUUGGGCACCACCCAAAGAACUUGGGGGAACAAGUUAAGAGUUCACGGUUUUUCCUUCAGAACACGUAGAACUAAGUUAUGAUGUCGGGUUGAGGUUAGAGAAUCACAGUAACAGACACCUCAGCACUACUAUCAAAACAAACUCCCUAUCGAAGCUAACUGAAAAUAGGAUGUAAAUUAGAUUGUGUAAGUGUGAGGAGGGUUGAACUGUGCAAGCAGACCUGUAUGCUCGUGGGUCUAUACAGAUAUAGAAAGGCAAGGUUGUUUUUGCCUGUGUGUACUACUUGGUGAUAGUGAAGGCAAUCACUAAACCAGGCCCAAAGUCAUGAUAUGGGGCAUUUGUGGGUUUUUAAAAAGUGAGGACAAUCAACAGAAAGGUAGAUGGAGUGGUACAGAGAAUUAAACUCAUCACUGACCUGUAGGACUAAGUCUAGUAGAAUGCUUCUCAACCAGAGAGACAACCUCUCCACUAGUGGACAUCCAGUAAUGUGGAGGUACACAGCUUUUGCUGUCCUGAGGGUUGCCACCAUUUUCUAGAGGUAGAGAUCAAGGAAUUGCUUAAUACCCUCCAAUGCUUCCACAAGAAAGAAAUUAUAAUAGUGAUGGCUUAAAGUCUGGCACACCUGUAACUGUACUCCUAGCAUUUAGAAGGCUAAGGCAGGAGGAUCACUAUGAGUUCAAGACCAACCUGAGCUUCAUAUUCAGAACUGAGAUCCUGUUUUAAAAAACACUAAAAGAAACCCUGGUCCACUCAAUGGUUCUCACAUUUGGCUUCAGAUUUCCUUUAUAUUAAAGAUUGAGGAUACCCAACGAAUUCUUGCAUAUUCCAAGGUAUCCUCUGAAUAAUUCCACUAUGUACAUGAAAAUGAGUGAAGAAACAGUUUUGACUUUGAGAAACCCCCUUGAGAGGGUUUCCUAAGCUGAUAGCAUGUGACCACAAUUUGAGGAUCUGCCUGGUGUUUAAGGGCACAGCUUUGGAACUAGGUCUGCACUGCUAUGGCACAUCCUAGCUGAGGACAAAUUAUUUCACAUAUCUGGCUUUCAGCUUCCCCCAUUGUUAAUCAUAGGCCAAAAAAGUACAGCAAUCUGCCACCUGAAGCUAGUAUUUAAAGUCCAACUUAAACUGGGCAGACACACUAUUUGCUGUGCCUCCAACAAGCACAUGGUUAAAGGGUUGACUUCAUCAGAUUUGUCUGGUGAGUAACUAGUUCUGGAAUCUGAGUGUUGAAGUGCAUGUCUGUGAUCCACCACUUAGGAGGCUGAAACAGGUGGAUCAAGGCAAAUCUGAUGCCAGCCUGGGCUUCAUAGAGUUGGAGGAAAUUCUGGGAAAUUUAGCAAAGGCCCUGUAUCAAACACACACACACCUUAGAUCAGGAAGGCUGUAAGGCUCUCAGAAGGUAGUAAACUUGCUCUUUGUAUUUGAGUUAAAAAAAACAAAAACAAAAACACUUUUAUGUGUUUGAAUGUUUUCCCUAUAUGUUGUGCAUUCCUGCUGAUCUCCUGGAACUGAUGUUAUGGAUGGUUGUCCUAGGAAUUGAACUCCUGUCUUCUGCAAGAGCAACAAGUGCCCUUAACCACUGAACUAUCUCCCCAGCGUCUACAUUUGGUUUUGAUGGACGAGAAGGGUAGUGCAUUGAAAGGCAAUUCUAGUCAGGCUAACAAAAAUGCUGUUUUCACAGUAGAAAUCUAUAGUCCAAGGAGCAGGAAGACUUGCCCACUUUGCUCAUCUUGGAAACCUUUGGCAUCCACCUUCCAUAAGACCUUUGACCUGGUGUUAGAGAAUUCCACAAGACAUUAGUAUCUUAGUUCCAAACUAGAGGAUUAACCCCUAGUUUUGGUUGCAGAGAUCACAACCCACCACCCAAUUACCGCCUAAUUGUGACGUUUCCAAGAUGGCAGUAGCCCCCUGAUUGUUGGGGGGCUCUGCUUCCGUUUCCGGGACAGAAUCCGGAAGUGCCAGUUGAGGGUCGUCUUCCUAUGUUCAGUUGCGUCGGCAGUUGGAGGAGGACGGACGGUGAUGGCGGCGGUCGCAGCGGACACAGCUGCAGCUGCCGUCCCGGCCUCCGCUGAGGACAGAGAGACACAGCACGAGGCAAUGCCAGACCUGGACGAACAGUGGCGCCAAAUCGGGAAUGGGCGAGAGCGUCCACUGCGAGCUGGCGAAAGCUGGUUCCUUGUGGAGCAACACUGGUAUAAACAGUGGGAGGUAUACGUGAAGGGAGGGGACCAAGAUGCUAACACCUUUCCUGGCUGUAUCAACAAUGCUGGGCUCUUUGAAGAUCAGAUAAGCUGGCACCUCAGGGAGGGACUCCUGGAAGGAGAUGAUUAUGUGAUGCUCCCAGCACCUGCUUGGAACUACCUGGUCAGCUGGUAUGGCUUAGAGGAUGGCCAGCCACCUAUUGAGCGCAAGGUCAUAGAACUUCCUGGCAUCCGGAAGGUGGAAGUGUACCCAAUAGAGUUGCUGCUUGUCCAGCACAGUGAUAUGGAAACAGCUCUAACCAUUCAGUUCAGCCAUACAGAUUCUCUGGACCUAGUCUUACAAACAGCUCGGGAACAGUUUCUGGUAGAGCCUCAGGAAGACGCACGCCUAUGGAUCAAGAACGCAGAGGGCUCUUUGGAUCGAUUGUGCAACACACAUAUCACGCUGCUUGAUGCCUGCCUUGAGACUGGGCAGUUGGUCAUCAUGGAGACCCGAAACAAAGAUGGCACUUGGCCCAGCGCCAAGCUUUGUGGCAUGAACAACAUGGCAGAAGAGGAGGAAGACUUCCAGGGUCAGCCGGGCAUCUGUGGCCUUACCAAUCUGGGCAACACGUGCUUCAUGAACUCGGCCCUACAGUGCCUCAGCAAUGUGCCACAGCUCACGGAGUACUUUCUCAACAACCGCUACCUGGAAGAGCUCAACUUCUGGAACCCUCUGGGCAUGAAGGGUGAGCUUGCGGAAGCCUAUGCAGAUCUAGUAAAGCAGACUUGGUCUGGCUACCACCGUUCCAUUGUGCCAAAUGUGUUCAAGAACAAAGUGGGCCAUUUUGCAUCCCAGUUUCUGGGCUACCAGCAGCAUGACUCACAGGAACUACUGUCGUUCCUCCUGGAUGGGCUACAUGAGGACCUUAAUCGAGUCAAAAAGAAAGAAUAUGUUGAGCUGUGCAAUGGAGCUGGGCGACCAGAUCUGGAAGUGGCUCAGGAAGCCUGGCAGAACCACAAACGACGAAAUGAUUCUGUGAUUGUGGACACUUUCCAUGGCCUCUUCAAGUCCACACUGGUGUGCCCUGAUUGUGGAAAUGUAUCUGUGACCUUCGACCCCUUCUGCUACCUCAGUGUCCCAUUGCCUGUCUGCUCCAGGAGGGUCUUAGAGGUCUUUUUUGUCCCUAUGGAUCCCCGCCGCAAGCCAGAACAGCACCGGGUUGUGGUCCCUAAGAAGGGCAAUAUCUCAGAUCUCUGUGUGGCACUGUCCACACAUACAAGUGUUGCACCAGACAAGAUGAUAGUAGCUGAUGUCUUCAGUCACCGUUUCUAUAAGCUUUACAAGCUGGAAGAUCCUCUGAGUGGCAUCUUGGACCGUGAUGAUAUCUUUGUAUAUGAGGUGACUGGUCGGAUUGAGCCUGUUGAGGGUUCAAGAGAUGACAUUGUAGUUCCUGUUUACCUGCGAGAGCGCACCACAUCCCGAGACUACAACAACUCCUACUAUGGUCUGAUUCUUUUUGGGCACCCUCUCCUGGUGUCAGUGCCCCGGGAUCGGUUCUCCUGGGAGGGCCUAUAUAACAUCCUGAUGUACCGGCUUUCACGAUAUGUGACCAAACCCACCUCAGAUGAGGAUGAUGGUGAUGAGAAAGGUGAUGAAGAAGAUGAUGACGAAGACAGUAGCAGUGAUGAAGAAAAAGAGGAAAUGCCUGGGCCUUCUACUAGCAGUGAUGUCCAAGAAGCAGAGCAGGAGCAAGCUGGGCCCAGCUCUGGGGUCACCAGGACAUGCCCAUUCCUUUUAGACAACAGCCUUCACAUAUCUCAGUGGCCCCCAAGGCGACGGCGAAAGCAACUGUUUACUCUGCAGACAGUGAAUUCCAAUGGAACCAGUGACCGCACCACCUCCCCUGAAGAAAUCCAAAGCCACCCAUAUAUUGCCAUGGAUUGGGAGCCAGAGAUGAAGAGACGUUACUAUGAUGAAGUGGAGGCAGAGGGCUAUGUGAAGCAUGACUGCGUGGGAUACAUGCGGAAGAAGAAUCCAGUGCAACUGCAGGAGUGCAUCAAACUGUUCACUACCAUGGAAACACUUGAGAAGGAGAACCCCUGGUACUGCUCCUCCUGCAAGCAACACCAACUGGCUACCAAAAAGUUGGACCUCUGGAUGCUACCUGAAGUUCUCAUUAUCCACCUCAAGCGUUUUUCCUUUUCCAAAUAUUCUCGGGAGAAGCUGGACACCCUGGUGCAGUUUCCUAUCCGGGAUCUGGAUUUCUCUGAGUUCGUCAUCAAACCAAAGAAUGAGUCUGCGCCAGACCUGUACAAAUACGAUCUCAUCGCAGUUUCCAACCAUUAUGGUGGCAUGCGUGAUGGACAUUACACAACAUUUGCCUGCAACAAGGACAGUGGCCAGUGGCACUACUUUGAUGACAAUAGUGUCUCACCUGUAAAUGAGGAUCAGAUUGAGUCCAAGGCAGCCUAUGUCUUAUUCUACCAACGCCAAGACGUGGGUAGACGCAAGUCCCAGACUGCUUCAUCUGACACUGCAGCCUCUCCUGCCUCCGGUUCUACACCCAACCCUGAGAUCAUGGAUGUUAACUAAAGAGCUCUGGAACCUACCACAGAGAAGGAAGACCUCUUCGCCACUCCCUCAUGUCUACCCCUUCUCAUACCUGUGUUCAUUGUCCCCAAGCAUUGCAGGCUUAGUCUGUGGCUACUGUUCUCUUGUACCGCUGUAUUUACUCUCUGAGAAAGAAGAGGCCUUGUGCCCUUGGCAGUAUGCUCCCGCCUGUGUGUGCGCAUACAGCAGUGACUUUCCAUCCUAGUCUUAUUUAUGCUGCCCCUUCCCACUUUUCCUCACCCCAAAGUGUGCUUAGUGGCUGAUAAUGGGGUUUCACAUGAACACAGAGUGUAUUUUCUUAUUAAGACCUGCCUUCUGCUGUGUGUAAAAUAUACCUAAAAUGUUUCAGUCUCCCA